AUGAAGAAAGAUAACUAUAUGGAGCAAAGUUUCCAACACAAAAUAGAUUUUCUAGAUAUAACUACUAAUAAUAAAAUAGAUCUUCCCAAGACUUGUGAAGAGGUUAAAGAAAAUAAGAUAGAAUUAGAUCUUCAAGAAUUAUCUGUUAUUUGCAUUAUUGAGGAUAACUCAGAAGAAGAUAUUGAUAAUAUAUCAGAAGUAACAGAAGAAGAAAAAACUUUUAGAAAACUUUUCAGUCAUAU